CGAGUCCACCCCCUAGUCUGCUGGUGCGCGUGCCUGUUACACUGAAACGUAUAUACAGUUACUGCAUCUAAAAUAGGGCGCUUUUACAGUAGUACACGCGCAAUUUUCCAAUUACUGCAAACAUUUGUUUUAUACGAGUCGUGACGAAACAAAACUUGUUUCCAUAAGACUUGUUUCGCCUUCUCCUUUGAGCAAACAUGUCAUUUGAAGAUGUCACCAACGAUUCGCACAGAAAACGAAGAUAUCGCUUCAUUUUUGUAGGCGCGGUGGUCCUUGCGAUUGUAAUCGGUCUCGCCGUUGUCCUUGGAGUCACUGUGAAAAAUCUCAAAAAGCCUGACAGUUUCAAGAAUGUCGUCAUUGGUAAAUGUGAAACCUAUCUAAAAGAAAAUACCAACUUGUCAGGGUACAGUGACUGUGAGACAAUCUGGCAAGUCUUUGAGCAGGCCUAUGUGGGGAGAGAUCCAUGUGAUGUUCCUCCUGAGGCAUACUACCCUCUAAUAAACCUUGUCAAAAACCAGCUUGCCUGUAAUACUAUGCUGUUUUGGAGUAAAACAAAAACCUUAGUACAUGAAUUUACAGAGAACAGAGAAUGCCUGGUAACUUUGGAGGAUACACUGCUUGGGUUCACAUUUAAUGAACUGACCUGGUGCAGCAAAAAUCAAAGCAAAGAAACCUUCACUACUGAUUGUCCUCUUUGGUCAUACUGUGUGAAUAACCCAGUACGCUCUUUUUGGAUUAAAGCUUCUGCUAAUUUUGCAGCCAUUGCAUGUGGGAAUGUGUCUACAAUGCUCAAUGGAUCCCUAGAAUCCCCAUUCAGCUCCACCAGUAUUUUUGGAGAUGUAGAAGUGAGGAACCUUGACUCUACAAAAGUGCAUAGUUUGACUGUGUUGCUUGUCACCAAGGACACAGACAUGACUACCUGUGAAAAUGCUUCAUUCAUGGAUCUACAAAGUGCUUUGAACCCAAACAUUACUUACAACUGCAGAGAAGUUCCCUUGACCACAGUUCAAGGCUGCAUUUCGAAUCUAGACAUCCCCUGCAGUGACUGCUUUAAGAAAGGCUCCAGGAGAUCUGGCCUGGUUUGGAAUACUGCAGCAAAGCAUAGUCUCUAAACAAGUUGAGCUGCUGAAGAAGACAGUCAGUUCAGCCUAGCUCUACAUCACCCACCACGGCACCAAAACAUAUAAGUUGAAAUAACUCAAUUGCACCUCUAAUCAAGAUUGUUUUGUGGUGUGUGUGUCACCUCUUGACAUAUCCUGACAUAUGCCUCUGUGCAGAGAACAUGUUUACUAACAGAGAACAUGCUGAACAUAUAUAUAUUUAUUUGUGAAAAAUGCAGUCUAACCUACAGUACACCCGUGAAUCAUACAUUCUUUAGACUAUAGCAGGGAAUAUAUAAAUAGUGUAAAUUAUAUGUUAUUAACAAUAGAUUCUAGGUUUGCCAAUUAUUAUGACGUUUUUGAGAUUUUGUUUUAAUAUGAACCAGUGAUAUUCUUUUUCUUUUAAUAUUUUAUUUCUGAAAGGUUAUAUUUCUCUUAUAGUUUUGUUUAAGAUCAAACUGACAUGAAAUAGACACAAUUUCUUCACUUUUUUGCUCAUAUUUACCAAGGGUGAUGAUAAUUCUGGAAAGAUAAGAAUGCAUCUGGAAGGGAUGAAUGGCACCUACAGGCCUGCCUGUAAGAAUCUGUAAGAAGGCCAUCUGAUAGGCCACCUUUGGGCACCAGAAGGAGACACAGGGUGGCUCCUAGGUAAUAUGGGUCAAUUAGCCAUCCCUAUCCUCCUGCUUACUGAAGAGCAGCUCACAUGUUAUGAAUGAACAGGUAAUUUGUGUUUUAAAAUAGCCAACAUACUUCUUAACAAUUCUAGAUUUUUUAUUUUGAAAAUAUUUUAAUCUUUGGGUGAAAUCUUUUAAGAUUUGUUGCCACGGGCUUUCAUUUUCCCAGUCAAUUAUGUUUCUGUCCACAAUAUUAUCAGAUGUGGUAUGUCAUGAACUGACAAACUAGGCUUUUACUUUGGAUCAGUUGUUUCUAUUAACCAAAGCCUAAGUUUAAACCUACAAUACAUGAAAACAAGCUAUGAUGUAAUCUCUUUCGUGAUGUCAAUGAAAUCUUUUAAGGUUUUCUUGCAACUGCCUUUAAAAUUCCCAAUCAAAAAUAUUUCUGUUCCCAUUAUAAACUUACAAGCUGUUGCCUGGGUCAUAACUUGUGGUUUCAUCCUUUUAGAUUUACUAUCUAAGGGAUGACCUUAUUUUGAAUAAGGACUUUUCUUGUCUUUUCUUAACUUAAGGUUUACAUAAUAUAGAUGAUGAGUAUGCUAGCAGAAAAUUUUAUUCUGUCCUUACCUUUAUCAUUCUACCAUGUAUUAAGUAUGUAAAUAUGACCUAAUCUAUAAUAAACUGUGUAUGUGUCA